UAGAUUUAAGGACUUCUUUGGAGUAUGUCGAUUGAUUGAAACAAACUAAAACUGAUAGUGUAUUACUGAAAUUGUCACUUGUUACAAGCUUUCAAACAAGAACAAAUAACAAGAAUACAAAGAUAACCGAUUGACUAAAAGCUAAUUGAUACUCCUAGUUAAAAGAAGCUACUCCUAGAUAAUUGCUACUCCUAGUUAUCACAGGUUUGUGAAUGGGUUUGAAGAUCCUUUACUUUGAAUUCCCACUUUUGUUCCUUUGCACUAGCCACAACUGCUGCAGCCACAUGUCCCUCCUUAAUUCCUUGAUACACCAAGCAUGCUCUCUCCACCAUUUGGAAAAGAUCCUUCACUUGUUGUAACUGCUCUCCACUUCUGUGCCCACAUGCUUCUGGCUGCACUCUUGAAACACAACUCUACUUCAAAGGACUUGUCCACCUUGCACGUUCCUUACUUCAGAUCACCUAUUAAUUCAUCUGAGCCACGUCAGCACCUCUGUCGACAGGCCAAAUUCAAUAUUUUAGUACCAACACAAGACCUCUCCUUUUUUAUCCAUCAUACCUUACUAACAUUGGGAAGAGAGAGUGUAUGUGUUUGUUUAAAUAAUCUGAAUGUUCCCUCUUCAGCUAAAAGCCUAAAACAUCUUCAUUCAUUCACUAAUAACACAUGGAAAGAGAGAUCAAAUAUCUAUUUAAAGGAACAAUCCCAUAUGAAUUAUUUACUUCCCUGUUGCUGGUAUUCUUAGAAUUGCUCCAAGCUUGUAACAGAUUAUUCAAACCCUACGUCCAAGUUGUUACACCAUAUCCUCAAGUUGAUAAUUUCUUACCCAUGAAUUUAGUUUAUCUUUUAAUUAGUGAUGAACAAAAUCUUUUCAAUUUCGACACAAACGUCUAACUACAUUGAUGCAUUCUUACAGGUAUGUCAGUCUAAAGGCAUGUAUCACUCCGUUACCUGAGAAUGGUUAUGGGGCUAAUGUUACUAGCUGGCCCACACGCCUUCAUUAUCCACCAGACAGGCUACUUACCAUAAAAAUGGAUGCCUACAAUUCCCGAAAGGAAAUAUUCAGAACAGAGUCAAAAUAUUGAAACGAUCUUGUAAAUGGUUAUGUUAAUGCCUUCAAUUGGAAAGACUUACACCUACGAAAUGUGAUGGACAUGAAGGCUGGAUAUUGAGGGUGCCUUCCUUUUUCUUCUUCUUUUUCAUCUCUUUAUAUAUGUUUACCCUUCUCUAAAUCUGGAAGAGUGCUUUUUAAUUUUGAUUGUUUGAAUUCCUAUAUCAUGGGUACUUUGUUCAUGGCAGGUUUGCUGCAGCAUUACAUGAUUAUGGGAUUGAUUGCUGGGUUAUGAAUGUUGUUCCUGUUAGUGGUUUCAAUACAUUGCCUGUUAUUUAUGACCGUGGGCUCGUAGGAGUUAUGCAUGACAGGUGUGAGCCAUUUGAUACUUAUCCAAGAACAUAUGACCUGUUGAACACAGCGGGACUCUUCUCUAUAGAGGAAAAAAGAUGUAAUAUCUCAACAAUCAUGCUCGAGAUGGAUCGAAUUUUAAGGCCAGGUGGGCAUGUUUAUAUUCGUGACAUUGACAUUGUUAUUGAAGAACAUAAAGAUAUCGCAGCUGCCAUGGGAUGGGAGACCUUAUUAUUUGACACCAUUGAGGGACCGCAAGCUACCUAUAAGCUUUUGUUUGGUGCGAAGCCUGUUAACAUGUUUGCUUUUUUUAUUUUGUUUUUCCCUUAUUACUUUUAAAGAUUAUUUUUGUCUGAAUAAUCUCUAUAUCUGUCUUCUUCUCUUUUUUUUUUCUUUU